AUGCCCGUGGCAGGUUGCCAGGCUGCCGAGACGCAGUUUCCUGGUUGGCAGACUGUCAAUGACUUCCCGGUCCUCGGCCACACAUUCGCGGCGAAUGGCAGCGUGGCGCCGUGUAUACAGAAGACCAAGAAAGCCGUUUGGAAAGCUUUCUUUGCCAACGCCGGGGCGGCGUCUUUCUCAAGGGCGCCGCGGCAGGUCAAGCUCCGGCUCAUUUCCCGAUCGUGCUUAGCACCCUUCGCCUGCCGAUGCUCGCGGUGGCCGCCGCGCGCGGAGCAGCUGGCGAUGGUCGAUCGCCUGCAGACAAGGUUGGUUGCAACCGCCGUGCGAAUGCGGAAGUGCCCCGGCGACAGCGCCGAGUCCUUCGCUAGGAACGCCCGUGCCGCGCGCAAGGCGCGGGAGCAUGGAAGAUGGUCGACCUUUUGGUGCAAGCGAGUGGUAGAUUGGGACAAUCACAUCAAGCGGGCCCAUUGCCAGCAGCAGUGGGGCACGAGACUGGUGCUCUGGCACGACGGCCACUGGCUCCAAAACCGCCGGCGCCGACACCACCGAGAGCGCCCUCGCACGCGCGUCUGCCUGGGGCAACCAGCCGCCCGGUGGGGCGAGGGCGUGGCGCUGGCCACCGCGAAGCUCCAGCUCUGA